AUGUGUGAGUGUGACGAUGCAUGGUGUGGUGUGGCGGGGCUGGCGGGCGCGGGCGCGCUGCGCGGCGCGGCGGCAAAGACGUGCGGGGGACGCGGAUGGCUCGGUGGGAGGAGUGUAGAUCACAAAGUAGGUAACUGGUUAAGUAAUAUGCCUCGCAAGCGUAAAUCUAAUUUAGCGCGUAGCUCUAAAAGAGCUCGAACUGCGCAAGUAGCUAGAUCCCAAGAAUCUGAGGAGCAGACUCAGGCCCGGCAGAUUUUAGAUGCUGAGCGACACGCAACGCAAAGAGCUGCCGAGACCUAUGAACAAACUCAGGCCCGGCAGAUUUUAGAUGCUGAGCGACACGCAACGCAAAGAGCUGCCGAGACCUAUGAACAAACUCAGGCCCGGCAGAUUUUAGAUGCUGAGCGACACGCAACGCAAAGAGCUGCCGAGACCUAUGAACAGACUCAGGCCCGGCAGAUUUUAGAUGCUGAGCGACACGCAACGCAAAGAGCUGCCGAAACCUAUGUUCAGACUCAGGCCCGGCAGAUUAUAGAUGCUGAGCGACACGCAACGCAAAGAGCUGCCGAGACCUAUGAACAGACUCAGGCCCGGCAGAUUUUAGAUGCUGAGCGACACGCAUCAUUGAUAGCUGCAGAGAUGCCAGAAGAAUCCCAAAGACGACGUGUGUUAAAUGCUGAACGGCAGUCAGAAAGGAGAAAUGCGUUUACAAUGUAUACAUGGGGAGCAUUCCACAAUGCUGCUUUUGAUUAUGACCCAUCGAUUGAGUAUAAUAACCAUCGAUUACUUCUCAUAGGUGGAAUGGAUAAAAAAUGUAUACAUUGUGAAGCACUCAAGUGGAAAGAAGAAACUCCGGGUAUGUGUUGUUCUGGUGGCAAGGUUUCAAUUCCAAUACUUGGAGAACCAGAGGAACCAUUGAAGUCUUUACUUUUAGGUGAUAACAACGAAUCGCGGCGUUUUUUAAUCAAAAUAAGGAAAUAUAAUUCAUGCUUUCAAAUGACGUCAUUUGGUGUAGAAAAUGAGGUGGUUAUGCCUGGGUUUUCAUCUACUUUUACAAUCCAAGGUCAAAUCUAUCAUAGGAUUGGUUCUUUGCUUCCUACAAAUAAUGAGCAACCAAAAUUUUUACAGAUUUAUUUUAUGGGAAAUGAAAACGACGAGGUUGACCGCAGGUGUCAAAACAUUCAAUUAGUAGAAAAGGAUAUUGUCUUAAAGAUUCAGAGAAUGUUGCAUGAACAUAACCGCCUAAUAAACACUUUCACAACAGCCUUAGAAAGAAUGCCGGGAGAUGAUUAUAAGUUGGUGAUUCACCCAGAUCGUACACCAAGUGGGGAACACGAAAGACGAUAUAAUGCACCUUUAAUAAAUGAAGUCGCAGCCAUGGUUUGUGGUGAACAGUUUGCUUCCCGUGAUAUAGUUUUACAUGCCCGUGAUAACACACUAACUAGGGUGCCGGAUACACAUAAAUUUUACGAUGCGUUACAAUAUCCGCUAAUAUUUAGCAAAGGGCAAGAAGGGUAUCACUUUCAAAUUCCACAAGUCGAUCCUGUAACUGGCCUGCCCUUGCCUAACAAAAAGGUAUCAUGUAUGGACUUUUAUGCCUUUCAUAUCAUGAUUAGAGAAAAUGAUUUUAAUAUUAAAUCACGAUGCAGGCAACUGGCCAAUCAGUUUUAUGUUGAUAUGUACGUUAAGGUAGAAAGUGAACGAUUACGAUACAUAACAUUAAAUCAAACUAAAUUAAGAGCAGAAAAUUAUAUCCACCUUCAAGACGCAGUAGCGAAUGACGCUAAUCUAAAUCCAAAUGAUAUUGGUAGAAUGAUAAUUUUACCGUCUUCAUUUGUAAAUAGUCCGAGGUACUUACACGAAUAUACUCAGGAUGCGUUUGCUUAUGUACGUACAUAUGGUCGCCCUGACUUAUUCGUUACGUUUACUUGCAACCCAGCAUGGCCGGAAAUAGUAAAUGAAUUAAUGCCGGGUCAAAGCGCGAUUGAUAGGCAUGAUGUAGUCGCAAGAGUUUUUAGGUUGAAAGUUAAAAAACUUAUGUCUGUUAUUUCCAAAGGCAGAAUAUUUGGAGAAGUGAUCUGCUUUAUGUAUUCCAUAGAGUGGCAGAAGCGUGGCCUACCACAUGUCCACAUAUUAUUGUGGUUAAAAGACAAGUUGAGACCCGAUCAAAUUGAUAAUAUUAUCAGCGCAGAAAUACCCGAUCCAAGCACUGACAAGACACUUCAUGAUAUUAUAGUUAAAAACAUGAUUCAUGGUCCAUGUGGACCUGAAAAUCCUCAGUGCCCUUGCAUGAAAGAUGGAAAAUGCACAAAGAAAUUUCCUCGCAAAUUACACAAAGACACUGUCCACAGUGAAAACGGAUACCCACUCUAUCGUAGAAGAGCACCAGCAGACGGAGGUCGAACGGCAUCUGUGAAACUACGAAAUGGGAGUUACGUCACUAUUGAUAAUAGUUGGGUGGUCCCUUAUUCCGCUAUUCUAUUAAAAAUAUUUAACGCCCAUAUAAAUGUUGAGGCUUGCAGUUCAGUGCGCGCUAUCAAAUAUAUCUGCAAAUAUAUUAACAAAGGCAGUGACCAAGCUAUUUUCAAUUUUAGGAGCACAGAGCUUGCAAAUCGCGUAAAUGAAGUACAUACAUAUCAAUCUGGUCGUUAUGUUAGCAGCAACGAAGCCGUGUGGCGGUUAUUAGGGUUCCCGUUGCACGAAAGGCACCCCACCGUUACACAUCUAAGUGUACACUUAGAGAACGGUGAACGAGUUUAUUUUACAGAAGAUAAUUUCCACGAGCGACUAUCUACUCGACCAAAAACCACCCUUACAGCUUUUUUCGAACUUUGCAUAAGAGAUGAGUUUGCAAGAACUCUUAUGUAUGCUGAGGUACCGAGAUAUUACACAUGGGACGCAACCAGAAAAACUUGGAAACGCCGAAUUCAAGGAACUUCGGUUCAGAACUGGCCUGGUGUCAAAUCUGGAGAUGCCUUAGGACGGGUUUACACAGUCCAUGUUACUAACAUGGAAUGUUUUUGUUUAAGGAUGCUUCUACACCAUGUGCGUGGGCCAACCUCUUUCAAUGAUCUCAAAAAAUACAACAAUCAAGAAUUUUCAACAUUUCGAGAGGCAUGUGAGGCAAGAGGAUUAUUGGAGGAUGACAAUCAUUGGAAUAUAACACUGGAAGAGGCUGCACAAUGUAGAUCAGCGGCCAAGGUGAGAAUGCUUUUUGCUAUACUAAUAGCGACAUGUGGGCUUUCAAACCCUCAACAACUGUGGGAAAGGUACAAAAUUCAAAUGGCCGACGAUAUUUUACACAGAGUACAACAUCAUAAUCCAAACGUUACAUACAAUGAUUUCAUUUUUAAUGAAGCCCUAACAAAGAUAGAAGACCAAGUCAUAACUAUAACUGGGAAAGAUUUGUCAGAUUUUGGGUUGAGCAGGCCGCAAAGAACUGGGGAAGUUUGCAGUGAUAUAAUAAGAGAAUUGAGUUACGAUGCUGCUUCUUUACAACAACAAAUAACUGAGUCUGUUCCGCGUCUAAACCCAGAACAAAGAUUAGUUUUUGAGAAUGUUGUGCAAAAAAUCGAAAGUGGCGAAGGUGGUUUAUUCUUUUUGGAUGCGCCAGGAAGCACGGGUAAAACAUUUCUUUUAAAUUUACUUUUAGCCCAAAUUCGUAAAGAUAAAGGAGUUGCUGUUGCUGUAGCUUCUUCUGGAAUAGCAGCUACGUUACUUAAUGGUGGCCGAACGGCACAUUCAGUACUUAAACUGCCAUUGAACUUAGCUCAUGAGGAAAUGCCAGUUUGUAACAUUACUAAAAAUAGUGACCGUGGACGAAUGUUACAGCAAUGUAAGCUGUUGGUUUGGGAUGAAUGUACCAUGUCCCACAAAAGAGCGAUAGAAGCACUAGAUCGGACCAUAAAAGAUAUUAAGAGUAACCAAAGUAUCAUGGGUGGUAUGGUGGUACUUUUAGCUGGCGAUUUUAGACAGACUCUGCCGGUAAUUACUAGAGGCACGCCGGCAGAUGAAAUAAAUGCAUGUUUAAAAGCGUCUCCAUUAUGGGUGCAUGUAAAAAAAUUUUGUCUGACUACAAAUAUGCGAGUACAACUGCACAGUGAUACACAAUUGGUGCAAUAUGCGGAUGCUCUUCUGAAAAUCGGAGAAGACCGUAUGGAAACAAAUAGUGACGGAAUGAUUACAUUGAAUCGUGAAUUUUGUAAUGUUGUCUGUAACAUGGAUGACUUAAAGAACAACGUCUAUCCCGAUCUUGCAACCAAUAUGAAGAACAGACAAUGGCUGUGCGAAAGGGCAAUUUUAGCACCGACAAACGAAGUAGUGGGGCAGAUCAACGAACAAAUCAUGUCAGAUGUGGAAGGUGAUUUUGUUGAGUAUCUGUCCGUAGACAAUGUCAUGGACACUGAGCAAGUGACAUCGUUCCCUGUAGAAUUUCUUAACUCCUUAGAAUUAUCGGGGGUGCCUUCCCAUAAGUUGAGGCUAAAAAUCUGGAUAGAGUACAACAAAGAGAUAAAUUAUCAAAAACGAGACAUAAAGAAGACUUGUUCAAUUGGACCAUGUAAUAACAAGUAA